GAACACCUGAAACAGGUAGCACAUCUGGGACAGUUAGGUCACCUGUGACAUUAAGCACCCCUGGGAUUCAAAGGAAAAAUAUAACAGGUAGCACAUCUGAAAUAGCUAGUACAUCACUGACUGGAAGUACAUCUGGGACAGUCAGUACAGCUGGGACACCUAACACACCUGAGACGAAAAGUACACCUGGUACAGUAAGUACACCUGAAACAGCAAGCACACAUGGGACUUUUAGUAGUCCUGGGACUGUUAAAAAGUACUUGAUGUUUAGGACCACGGAGAAAACAAGUGCACUUCAGACAGUCCGUUCAUCUGUGAAAUCUAGUACGAGUACAUCUGGAACAGUUAGUACUCCUCUACCACUGAGUACAAUUGAGACAGUUAGAACACCUGAAACAGGUAGCACAUUUGGGACAGAAAGCUCACCUGGAACUGUAAGCACACCUGGGAUAGUCAACUCUCCUGGGACAAUUAGUACACAGUGGGCAGUUAAAAAGCAUAUGGUAACUAGUACCUCGGAGACAUUAAGUGCAUCUGAGACAGUAAGGUCAUCUUUGGGAUCUAGUACAUUUGGAACAGUGAGUACAUAUUUUUUACCCAUGAGUACAUCUGGGGGACCUAGAACACCCGGAACAGGUAGCACAUCUGGAAUAGUUAGUAACUUUGGAAAAGCUAGUACAUCCUUAAGUGGUAGUACACAUGGGACAGUCAGUACAACUGGGACACCUAGCACACCUGAGACGUACAGUACAUCUGGCACAGUAGGUACACCUCAAACACCCACUACGCCUGAGACAGUUAAACAGCAUUUGAAGAUUGGUACUACGGGGACAGCUAGUACACCUCAGGCCGCCGGCUCAUCUGUGAAAACCAGUACAUCUGGAACAGUCAGCACGCCUCAACCAUUGAGUACAUCUGAGAUACCUAGAACACCUAGCACAUCUGGAACAGUUAGGUCAGCUGGGACAGUAGGUACCCCUGGGAUAGAAAGGACACCUCUAUCAGGUAGCACCUCUGAAAUACCUAGUACAUCCUCGACUAGUAGUACACCUGGGACAGUCAGUACAGCUGGGACACCUAACACACCUGAGACGAAAAGUACACCUGGUACAGUAGGUACACCUGAAACAGCAAGUACACAUAGGGCAGUCAGUACGCGGAAGGCUGUAACAAAGCAUUUGAUGAUUAAUACCACCGAGACAUCUAGUACACCUCAGACAGUCAGUUCAUCCGCGAAACCCAGUACAUCUGAGACAGCUAGAACACCUCAAACAAGCGGUACACAAAGGACAGCUAGUACAACAUCGACAGCCGGCUUUUCUUGGUCAGAAAGUACCCCUGAGCAAUAUAGAACAGCUGAAAUAGCUAGUACAUUUGGAAAAGCUAGUACAUAUCAGACUGGUAGUACACCUUGGACAGCCGGUACAGCUGGCACACCUAACACACCUGAGACAAAAAGCUUACCUUGGACAGUAAGUACCCCUGAGAGACCAAGAACACCUGGAACAAGUAGCAUCGCUGCAAUAGUUAGUACAUUCGGAACACCUAGUACUUCCAUUACUGGUAGUACACCUGGGACAGGUGCAGUAGUACACCUGGUCAGUACAGCUGUGACACCUAGUACACAUGGGCCAGUAAGUACGCCUAAGACAGUUAAAAAACAUCUAAUACCUAGUACCACUGAGUCAGCUAGUACACUUCAGACAGCGAGUACUUCUAUGAAAACUAGUACAUUAGGAACAGUUAGUACAGCCUUACCUUUGAGUACAUCUGAAAAAACUAGAACACCUGAAAAAGGCAGCACUUUGGGGUCAGUUAGCUCACCUGGUACAGUUAGUGCAAAUUUACCACCCAGUGAACCUGACAUAGCUAGGAGACCUGCAACAGCUAGCACAUCUCGGACAGUCAGUUUUCCUUGGUCAGUAAGUAUCUCUGAGAUAUCUAGAACACCUGGAACAGGUAGUACAUCUAGGAUAGUUAGUACAUUUAGACAAACUAGAACAUCAUUGACCAGUAGUACACCUGGGACAGUCAGUACAGCUGGGACACCUAACGCAUCUGAGAGAACCCGUGCGCCGCCUGGCACAGUUGGCAUUCCUGAAACAGCUAAUACACAGGGUGCAGUAAGUAUGCCUGGGACAGUUAAACAGCAUUUGAGAAUUAGUACCACGGAGACAAUUGGUACACCUCAGACAGUCAGUGCAUCUAUGAAACCUAGUACGUCCGGACCAGUCAGUACGCAACUUCCAUUUAGAACAUCUGAAAUAGAUAGAACACCUGAAACAGGUAGCACUUCUGGGAAAGCUAGUUCACCUCGGAUAGUCAGUACAUUUGGGACAGGAAGUACUCAUGGGUCAUCUAUUACACCUGGGACAGCUACCUUACCCAUUACACAUGAAACAGCUAGUACAUAUGAGACAACUAGUACACAUGGGGCAACUAGUACACCAGAGACAGUAAGUACCCCUGAUAUAGCAAAAAAGCAUUUAAUAAUUAGAACCACGGAAACGACUAGUAUACCUCAGACAGUCACCGUAAAACCUAGUACAAGUGGAAUUGUUGGUUCCUCUUUACCAUUGAGUACAUCUGAAUCAGUUAGUACACAUUUACCAAUUACCACACCUUAUGAAGUUAGAGCAUCGGAAAUACGUACCACAUCUAGGACGGUUAACUUUCCUUGGACAAUAAGUACCCAUGAGAUAUCAAGAACACCUGGAACAGGUAGCACGUCUGGGAUAGUUAGUACAUUUGGAAAAGCUAGUACAUCCUUGACGGGCAGUACACCUGGGACAGUCAGUACGGUUGGGACACCUAGCACACCUGUAACAGCUAGUUCACCUGGGAUAUCUAGAGAACCUGUAACAGGUAGCACAUCAGGGGUAGUCAGUACAUUUAUAAACGCGAGUACAUCCUUGAUGGGCAGUACACCUGGGACAGGUGAGAAAACAGGUACUAAACAUUUGAUCGAAAGUAGUCCUCGGACAGUCAGUACAGCUGGAAAAGUUAGUACCUACAGAACAGCUAGUACCCCUUUCUCAGCCGGUACACCAGACAAGGUUUUAACCCCUGGAACAACUAGUGCAUCUGGAAUAGUUAGUACAUCAGGGAAACUUAGUACACCUGGGACAUUUAGUACAGCUGGGACAAUUACUACACCUGGAACAACUGGCACAGCUAAUACACUUGAACCAGCCAGUGCAUCCGCGGAAGUCAGUACACCAAGACCAGUCACUGCACCCCUAACAUUGAACACACCUGCUGAAACCGGUAGUUCACUUGGCACAGUUGCUACACCGGGAGCAGUUACUAAACGAUUGGUAGUUAGCUACCCUAGGACACUUAGUACACCUGGGACAGUUAGAAAUCGUAGAACAGCUAGUACCCUUUGGACAGUUGGUAUACCUGAGGCAUCGAGUACAUCUUGGGAUGUCAGUACAUCUUUGAAAACUAUUUCAACUGGGACGAAGAGUACACCUGGGGCAUUCAGUACACAUGAGACAGCCAGUACACCUGAUACAGUCAGUACACGUGGUCUAUGCAAAUUUCCCACGACGUGCGACCCAUGUCCCGACAGAUGCGAGAAGAACUGCCGCACGUUUAGAGCUAACGCUAUGUGUCAUCACGAGGAUGAAUGUGUGGCAGGCUGCCACUGUCCCUCGGCACAGUACAUGGAUGAUGACGGGUUUUGCUCAGAACCCAAGCUCUGUCCAUGCUACGACUCUGGGGGUCUCCAGAGGCCGUUUAACUCGACGUACAUGGAUAGUUCGACCUUCUCUUCACGUGGGGUUCUUGGUCGUCUUGGUCUGCCUGUUCAGCGCAUUGUGGAAAGGGAACAUCUACAAGACAUCGGUGAGCUAGUACCCAUUCAAAGAGAUUUUGUGUUUAGUACUGCAGUUCGUGGCUGUGGUGUCCUUCAGCUAUAG